AUGCCCAUCCCUGUCUCGGCUCUAGUAGCUCCGACUUACGCACCAUCACCCGCAGAAACAAACGCCCAGGACGGCAGCGACACCGACAUCGUCGUCAUCGACCGCGACGAUGUCAGCAACUACAACCCUGACCAGAUCCUCCCGGAGCCGCCGGAAAUUAUCGAGCAACUCAGGGCGUGGCUGCAGCCGACGGCGUACGACCUCGGAAGCGGCGAGUAUCGUAAGCACCUCGGCUCCCUCGCGCCGGGCACCGGCGACUGGCUCGCGACGAGCCGCGCGUUUGCAGACUGGUCGCGCGGCAACGAACAUGGCCUGCUCUGGAUAAAGGGGAUCCCCGGGUCAGGAAAGUCGGUCUUGGCCUCAAAGAUUGUCAAGGAGCUUGCGGCGAACAACCCGGGGCGUCCCGUGCUCUACGUCUUCUUCCGCCAGAUCAUCGACGCCAACCAUGAGCCCGUCGCCCUUCUCAGAGAUUGGCUGGACCAGGUCCUCUCCUACAGCCCACCCCUGCAGAAACACCUCAAGGAGUAUGUCAAGAACAAGAAGCCGCUCAACAGCAUGUCCAUGGACGACUUGUGGAGCGCUCUCCGGCUGGCUCUGUCUGGGUUACCUGGCAAGGUCUUCUGCGUCGCCGACGCCCUCGAUGAGAUGGACGGCGGGAACGGGCCCUUCCUGACGACACUGGCCGAGCUCGGAAACUGGAAGCCGGAGAAGGUGAAGGUUCUCAUCACCAGUCGCCCUGUUCCCGCUGUCGAAGGUCCUCUGCGGACAGCAAAUUGCCUCCGAAUUCGCCUCCAGGAAAACGUGGUUGAUGUUGAUAUAUCUACCUUUGUCCAGCAGGGCCUUGCCGCGUCAAACAUUCCACCUGAAGAGCGAAAGAUGAUUCGAGAGGCGAUCCCCGGCCGAGCGAACGGACUGUUCCUCUACGCCAAGCUCGCCAUGGACGCCUUCCUCGAGCCCGACGCCAACGUCAGGGACGUCCUCGGGUCUCUGCCGGCCAACAUGGACACUAUGUACACGGACCUGCUGCGGGAGCACUCCUGUAGAUCAGGCGUCCACGACGACGUCCAACGCCUCAUCCUGCAGUGGGCCACCCACGCAACGCGGCCGCUGAGGCUGCUCGAGAUGGCUGAGAUGGUUUCCGUCGCGUACCCCGGCAAUGCGACCAGGGACCUCAGCGCCGCCAAAGACGUCGUCAGGGCAGCGUGUGGCCCCCUCCUGGAGAUCAUGCCUGACGAGACCGUCUGCGUCAUCCACCACUCCUUCACCGAGUAUCUUAAGGGCACCACCAGGUCAGCUGGACACGACACGGGGUAUCCCGUGCUGCGGCUGGGGGAGACACACGCCAAUCUCGGGUUGGCAUGCCUGCGAUACCUGCAGGCUGGCUGUGUCGACGAGGUUAUCGAGAAGAAGAAGGAGAAGAAGAAGACUAUGAAGCAAUUCAAGCCUCCCAGAAGAUUUCCACACGGUAGCGGAGACACCAAUGCGGAGUUGAAGCUCAAGCGCCCAUUCCUCGCGUAUGCUAUAAGCAAUUGGCAUGUUCAUUUGGAAAGGUCAACGAGAGCCGGCCAGGACCAAACCGAGGUGAAUGCGGCACUAGACCAAUUCCUCGGCAACUCAGGCCUAGCUGAUGCGUGGCUUGAUCUCGGCUGGUGGGGAGACAACGGAGCCAGUUCCGGGAUCAAGCCUCUGCAUAUCGCAGCCCAGAGCGGGCUCGUCGAGUACGUGAAGCACCUGCUCUCGUUUCCCGACGUGGCUGUCGACGCGGCGGAUGUCCAGGGAAAGACGCCGCUAUGGUGGGCUGCGUCGUUUGGCAGGACGCAAGUGGUGCAGGUGUUGAUCGAGGCCGGUGCAUAUCCGGACCGGGAUGACGCCUACAACGGCCUCAAGCCGCUGCAUGAAGCAUCCAGCAAGAACCACCCGGAGGUCAUCAAAGUCCUGCUGGCCGCCGGAGUCGAUCCCCUUACGAAGAAGACACGGGAGAGACCAGGAAACUGGUGCGGGAACGCGGGGAGAUCCGUGGGAGACACCCCGCUAAUGGUCUGUCUACACCCCUUGAUCCUCUCUUCUCACGACUUUGUUUUCGAAGGAAGUUAUUUGUUACUGACGCAAAUACCACAGUACGCUUGCCGAAACGGUCAUGACGCGGCCGUCGAGGCUUAUCUGCCCUUUCUCGCCGACAAUGACGACGCCGUACACCGAGCCCUGGCCUGGGCAGCUCGGAGCGGCAGGGCCAGCAUCCUGGCAAGACUACUGGAGCAACCCGGCGUCGAUAUAAACCGCAAGAUCCGCGGAGAAACGCCGCUCUUCUGCGCAAGUCGGGGCCGGAGCUUCGACGCGAUGACGCUGCUCCUCCAGGGGGGCGCCGACCCGACGAUCCUGUGCCAGCCAGACGACGCAUACGGCGGCAGCAACAACUUCUUCCAGCACGACUUGUUCAUAGACGAGGAGGAAGACGGCGAUGAUCCCGGUCCCAGAGGUCUUGGGAUCUCGCAGAAGGCCGGCUUCUCGGCUCUCUACAUGGCCUUCGACAGUCGCCACGGCUCCGGCCCGAGGACGCCGUACGGCCCGGAGGCGUAUAAAGAGCUGCUCGCGCUGUUUGUCGAGAAGGGGGCAGAUAUCCACCAGCGAACUCGGGACGGAAAGUCUCUGCUUCACGCGGCUCAGGCCAACCACGUCGUGGUCCGCAUCCUUCUCGAUGCAGGCCUCGAUGCCAGCGUCGCCGACAACGACGGAUUCACGCCCCUCCACAAGGUACAGUCCACCGAGUCCCUGGCGCUGCUUGUCGAGCACGGCAAGGCGGAAAUCAACAAGAGGGCCUAUUCGAACGGCAAUACGCCUCUGUUGCAGCUCCUCGACAUCUUCCCUCGCGCCGCCCUCCAGCUGAUCGAACACGGCGCGGAUUGCAACAUCACCAGCGCCGAGGGCAACGGACCACUCCAUCUCUCUCUGCAGGCCCGGGGGAGCAGCUGCGACGUCGUCGAAGCCCUCCUCCGAGGCGGAGCAGAUGCCAACGGGAGAAACGGACGAGGCGAGCGGCCGCUGGAGAUGAUUCGCUUAGGCGACAGGCAAGCUCUCGAGAUGACGGACCUGUUGCUCCGGGCCGGCGCCAAUAUCAACGCGAAGGACAGGAAUGGCGCAACGUCUCUCUUCCGGAUAGUCUCUCGCGGGGGUUUCUGGCCGCACGAGCAUCCCCACGACGACAUCAAGGCACUGCUGGACCGCGGCGCGCUCCUCGAGACGCGCGACUUCCGGGGACGCACCCUCCUCCACGAGCUCAUCAGGUGGUACAAGAGCGUCUCCGACAUCUGUACCGCCUCGGACGCCCCGGAUCGCCCGUCCCGGUUCGACUUCCUCACUGGCCGAGGCCUCGACGUCCGCGCCACGGACCACGACGGCAACGGCCUGCUCCACGAGCUCUGCUGGCACGCGCGCGCCCACGACUUCGACUCGCAGGAGAUCCUCCCGGCCUGGGACAAGCUGGUGGCCCUGGGCCUCGACGUCGACGGGCGGAACAACAAGGGCCGGACGCCGCUGCAUAACCUGUCGACCAAGGCUGACCGCGGCCGGCGGUACAGGGGCCGAGGGAUGCUGAUCGACGCGGUCCUUUCGCGGACGAGGGACGUCGGCGUCCGAGACCGCGACGGCAUCGCCCCGUUGCACCUCGCGGCUACCGUGUCGGAGUACUACGCCCAUAAGCUGCUGGAGGCCGGCGCCGAUCCCGCGGUCCGCACCAACGAGGGCCUCACGCCGCUCCACCUUGCCGCGAGGGCCCGGCAGAGCAACAUCGUCGGGAUGCUUCUAGAUGCGCUUCAUCACAAGAACAGUGCUCAGCCGCGUGUCUCCCGGGGAUCGUGGUUGGACAGCCCAUCCGGCAAGCCGGUCGCCGGGGUCGAUGCCACGGACGAGCGUGGCUACACGCCGCUAUACUACGCGAGCCGUUCCGGACGACCCGAGGUCGUGGCCAUGCUGCUGAACGCAGGCGCAAGCACAAACGUGAAAGACCUUCGCGGGGCCGUUACCGGCUUCGAGAGAGAACAUGACCUGUGGCUCGGAAGCAGCGCCCGGGUUCCCGAGGACGGAGAUACCGGCGGACUCGGGCUCGCAGACCCAUCCCGUCCGCGCGAGCCCGAUACGCGAUUUCUGCCGCAGCUGCCUCACCCAUUCCGCGACACGGCCAGGCUUGAGGAGAUCAUCGAGAUGCUACUGGACGACGGCGCCGACCUGUCUGAACGCGGCUACAACAGCACGAUGACGGAGAACGGAGAUAGGUCCCUGAACGCGACCCCGUUCGCCUGCAGAGACUACACGUUCAAGUGCCUGUCGCAGGCUCGCGAGAGGAGACCGCUGAGCGCAUCCCCGCCCGCUUUCCAACGCCAGCCGAGCAGCCUGGGGAGUUUCGACGAGCAUCUCAUCCGGCACCGCCGCGAGGCGGCGACCAAGGCGCUGCGGGAGUCCAAGACGAUCAAGCAGGGCGAGGCCAACGAGGACCUGUUCGUGUCACGGCUCAUACGGCGCGAGUACGACGUGGUGGAACAGCUCCCCGGCUUGGGCGUCGACUUUCUUGCCAAGCACGCCAACUUUGGGGGCAGCAACUACAAAACCCUCGUCACGAGGGGAUACGCCUCUGUCUUCGACAAGAUGUUCUCUUUAGAUGACAGGGCGCAGUCUGAUAAGAGAGCGGCAGGGGACAAGACACGGCCGCCGGGCUACGGCAGUAGAGAAGCCUUUCUCCUGCAAGCCGUCGACCAGGAGCUGCCCGUGCUCGACGUCGUCCGGCUCCUCGUCGAGAAGUUCGCCGUCGACGUCAACGAGCUGUGCUGCUACGCGCCCGGCGUCGGCCGUGAUCCCGUGCUGCAGGAUAGUGCGCUUCACUCGCUCGCCGCGGGCCACUGGUGGUGGCAGGUCGGCCAGGCGCUGCCUUACCUGAUCAGCAAGGGAGCGGAUCUCGAGAUCAGGAACGGCCGGGGCCAGACGCCUCUUCACGUUGCUCUGGAUACGUGGGGGGGCCAGGGGGUCUACCACGGCGACGCGGCCCGUCUGCUCAUCCUCGCCGGCGCCGACAUCGACGCGGUGGACGCCAAGGGGAAGACGUGCCUUGGCUACGCACGUGGAAACAUCGACUUGGUUCGCCUUCUCAUACAGAACGGCGCGACAGUCAUGGUCGAUGCCGUGUUUGCCGCCAUCAACGGAAACCAGACCGACGUGCUUGGUGCGCUGUUGGCGGCGGGCGUGAGUCCGAACCUGCGAUCCGAUGAGGUCGCCGACAAGCCAUGGAGAAACCGACAAGAAUACGACGCCUCUGGCGAUUGGGAGAGGGACGACAUGCCCGACUGCGAGUGGUAUCCCCUGCACCACGCCGCCUCGAGGUCCGGCAGCAUCUAUCCGGACAAGAAGCGCAGGGACGAAUUCAACGAGACGGCUCUGGACAUGGUCAACACGCUCCUGUCCCACGGGGCAGACCCCCUCCGGGCCUUUACGAGAUGUUCUACGAAAGAGUGCUAUCAUCAAAAGUUGCUCGCCAAGCAGCAGGCCGACGAAGCCGACUUGUUCAGCGACGUUGAAGAUACCCCGGCCGAGGAGAUGGUCGUCCUGACACCCCCGGUCGACGGCUCCGAAGCCCAUCUCCACGAGCAAGACGUGAUACUGCACCAGCUGCUGGUCGACGGGCACGUCGUCCAUCCCCUCCUGAUGCUGCCGAACCUCGACGCGAACCGCCGCGACGGCAAGGGGCGCACCGUGCUCCACGCCGCCUGCUUCUCGCCACGCGGACCGGAUCUCCCCGUAAGCCUGCCGCCUGGAGACCCGUGGGACAACGAUGAUGAUGAAGACGACGACGAUGGGCCGGCAAACACCUCGCUGUUCCAGCACCUCCUCUCCCUCGGCGCGGAUCCCGAAGCCCGGGACGAGGACGGACGGAACGCUAUGCAUCACCUCCUCCGCUUCCGUACCGGAGACCGCCACGGCCCCGUCCCAGCCGUCAACGCGUCGCUCGCCCACCUGGCCGCGCACCACCCGUACCUCAUCGGCCAGCGAGACAAGGACGGCAGGACGCCGCUGCACCUCGCCGUCGACCGCGCCGUCUACGAGAAGAACUCGGCCGCCGUCGCCGCCGACAUACUCCUCAGAGCCGGAGCGGACCCCCUGGUCACAGACGGCGACGGCGACACGGUCCUCCACGUCCUGUGCCGGAUGCUCUGGGUCUCCGGCGGCCUCCGCCCGCUCUUCGAGGACUUGGUCCGGCGCGGGUGUGACGUCAACGCGCGCAACGCCAGGGGGGAGACGCCGCUAUUUGGAUUCUACGGUCAGCGGAAGCACGGAGGACUGCUGCAGGAGAGGGAGCUCUGCGCCGAGCCCCUUGACGACGCGGCCGGGGCCGCGGCCUUGGAGGCGGCGGGCGCCGACUUCGAGGCCCGGGACAACGCGGGGCGGGGCCUGCUGCACGUGGCGGCGGCCCGGGGACACGCCGUCCGGUUCCAGAGGCUGCUCGAGAGGGGGCUGGACCCAAUGCUCGAGGACGGCGAGCGGAAGACGGCGCUGGACGUGGCGGCUGCGUGCGGAAACGACGGGGUCAUGAAGCUGUUUAGUGGACGUCGUGGAUGA